UUAUUAACUUAACAUUUUACUUAUUACAAUCUGUUGAAGAUGCGCGCGCAUCUUACAUCGUAGGAAUAUCGAUCUAACUUUUUAUUACUCAGGUCACAAAACAAAAACCUACGCCUUAUUUACAAUCAAAUGGAUAAAUGUUGUAAUUCAGGUGAAACACAGAGAUCCCAACGAAGAAUUCAUGGAUUACAACUGCCCUUAAAUUAUCAGCAAAUCAUUGCUUGGAUUGUUUUCAUAAUUAGUACUCUUAUCAAUUUCGUAAUCCUUGUGCAAAUACAAUUUUAUGUACUAAAGGUGAUAUCGCUUCUAACUUUUACUACUUUGUACGUGGUAUUUAUAUUUUCCUAUAUAUUUGCGAUAUUCCUUGACCCUGCCGAAGAGGAUCUUAGAAAACGUGAAAUAAACGAUGUUCCAGAGUUCGAUCGUUCGAUACAUGCUCAUGUUAUAGAAAACGGAAGAUGUCACCUUUGCAACAUUUACACGAGCAAUAAAAAAACGAAACAUUGCGGUAUUUGCAACAAAUGCGUUUAUAACUUCGAUCAUCAUUGUCAUUGGAUGAACAGUUGCAUCGGUCAGAGGAACUAUAGUGCAUUUAUUGUGUGCGUUAUCACGAUUACAUUAGCAGCCUUGCUAACGGUGUGUUUAUGUUUGACUGACAUAAUUUUAUUCUUUAUAUAUCCUCCAUUAUUGAGUAGCGAAGCGCAAAGCUAUAUAAAUUGUACAGUAUAUAAUAUGGAUCCUAUUAUGCCAUAUUGUAUGAAUUCAAUUCUGUUCCUAACUUUUUCGACAAUCCAUCUAGUUGCAUCGGUAGCUUUAGCAUGUCCUUUAUUACAUUUACUUUUCUUUCAUAUUUACAUAUCUAUUUUGGGCGUAUCCACGUAUGAAUACAUUAUGACGACCAAUAAUGUGAAAUACCAACGUGUACAAUGUUGUAAUAUUUCAAUAAAUAGAAGAUCUUAUAUAGUACCUAAAGAAAAUGGUCAAAACAGAGACGAUGGAUCUACGAAGACCAUUUUUAAUGAGAAAAACGGAUAUCCAUCAAACAGUUUACAAGAAAACGAUAACAAUGUAGGGAAUUUGAUACACAUUUUAAUAAAUGAAGAAAUAAAUAAAGCUAGAAAAUAUCUACUGUUUGAUAAGAAUAAAGUACAUCCUCAACAAGAAACAGCAUAA